AUGACUACUGUUGUUGUCAUCUUGUCUACCGUCAAUGCAACCAUUGGUGGAUGGGAAUGGGAGCCAAUAAAGAACUUGAAGGAUGAGCACGUCCAAGAGAUUGCCGAGUACGCAGUGCAGGCUUACAAUAUGAUAUCUAAUUCUUUCCCGAUACAACUCGUGAAAGUUGAGAAAGGAAAAAUCCGAUAUGCAGGUGGCACGAACUACAAGCUCGUCGUGGCUGCGGUUGUACCGGAAACGGGAAACAUGGUAAAACUAUACGAAACCAUUGUUCGCGAGAAUAUUUUUAAUGCAAAGAAAGUUGUAUAUUUCAGACAGUUGUUCAAAUCAGCACCGACCAUUAAAAAUUAG